CGGGACGACAUGGCGCAAGACACACCCGCGACAACCUUGUUCGCCCACUUCGCUUCGAUGACGUGCCGUGCGCUAUCGAAGCCAACUGUCAACUGCGAUGGCGGUGUUGGCGACGUAUUCGACAACGGCCCGUAACAUCGAUGACAAUGGCGAUGAUCGCUUGGUAUGCGAUGCCGGCGACGUCCGCGGUGACGAUGACAAUCCCGACGACGAAGGCGACGAUCUUUGGAAACGCGACGAAGGCGGUGAAGACGACGGGCGAGAUCAUGUGCUCUCUGACGAGGAUGUCGCCGAAGACGACUGCAAAGACGACACAAGCAGUGAAGAUAGCUACGUUGGCGACGGACGCGGUGACGAUGGCGCUGACGGCGACGACGUUCAACAAAAAGCCACGAUGGCGACGAUGGCGAUGAAGGCGCUGAUGAAGGCUACGAAGGCGACUCACGUGGCGAAGACGACUGCGACGGCGGUGGAACAAGCGCGGCGGGCGGCGGGGACUGCGUGAGGUAAACAGAGAGAGUGCUCUCGUGCAUUUGAAAAGAACGCCCGCGUCCUUAUAAACACGUGUCACGCGGGGUGGACGGCAACGAAGGAGCAGCGCGAAGGCCAGCCGAAGGGCAUUUCCAUGCUCCACCAAACGAUACGAAAAGCCCAGGGUUAUCGCGGCGGGCGAGACAAAAGGCGAAGGGUCGCGGGCAAGGUGACCGUGCAUCCGCUGCACCACCGCCCUUCGUCUCGCCUCCCUUCAUCGAUUGUGGACACGGAGGGACCCCACAGGCCGAAAUUAUGCCCCCACAAAUGACUCCAUCCCACUCCCCCAUCGUCCACACUCCAUGCCGGCCAGGGACCCCACAGGCACGAUUGCAUUUCAUUUCAGGAGAUGACACCGAAACACAUGCUGGAGAGAAAGAGGGGGGCGAUUUUGAUUGAACACAAGAAUUCUGAAAAUGAACGGCAUUAAAGACA